AUGUCCCGCCGCAAGCAGGUGAACCCGCAGCACUUAUCGUUGACGCACCGGGAGACAGUACCAGUUAUGGCGGGGGAGUUUUUCCAGCGUACACGUAUAUCACAUACGUGUCAGAGCAGGGGACCUGAACGCAGCCCUGAGCCCUGCAGCCACGGGCCCACGGGUCACGCUCUACUUGGAAAUGCACAAAACCUGAAUGUCAGCAUAGCUUCUCAGGAAGAGUACAGGCUGGAAAUCAACCCGUCUGGCCAGAAGUCGACUGUAGCAGCGCACAGCUGCAGAGAAACGCACUCUCAGGGCAGAAGUAUGCACCACAAGAAUCCAGAAAGCAGGCGUUCGGCGUUCAGCGUGAAACAGGGCCGCGCUCGCCACGCACGAGCACCAGAAGUCAAUCAUGACUCAGGGGCAGGAUCUCCGUCUCCAGAGUCGUCCACCCCCAGUCCGCGGAGGGCGGGACCCGGAGAGCAUGACCUUUUGACCUGCGGCCAGUGCCAGACCAACUUCCCUCUGGGCGACAUCCUGGUUUUCAUCGAGCACAAGCGCCGCCUGUGCCGAGGCCCCGGCGGCGGGCCGGGCUCCUUCUCCAAGCCCGGGGAGGCCGGCGGCGUCAUGGGCAUCCCCAUCUCGCCCAGGAUCAGGUCGCUGGAGCUGGGGAGAGGCUCCAUCCCGGUGGAGGUGGGCAUCCAGGUGACCCCCGGAAGAGAGGAGGAUGAGGAGAGGAGGCUGACGCCGGCCAAGGGGAUCUGCCCCAAGCAGGAGCGAGGAGCCUCGCUGAAGAGGCUGGAGAAGCCUCACACCCCCUGUCGCCGCUACGCGCACGGGGGGGGGGGGGAGCGAUGA